AUGGCAGCUCGCGAAGGAGCAAUUUUGGCGGUGGAAGGGGAUUUUAAUAAUGCAAUUUUUGAGAGUGAUUCUCUCCAGAUCGUGUCAGCAAUCCAAAGUUCUUCUGUUGAUAGGUCCAAUGUGGGCCCAGUGGUGGAAGACACUAAGGCACUGCUAACCCAGAUCACUGGGGAUGGUUUUACCCAUAUCCGUCGGGUUGCAAAUGGAGCGGCUCAUCGUCUGGCACGUUAUGCUUCCCAUACUGGCACUAUGACUACUUGGUUUGAAGAACCGCCAGAUCUUCUAGUUGAUGUCCUGUACGAGGAGUGUAACUUGUAG